GACGAGUUUCGACAGUUCUUAGUGGACGUCAAAUGUUUGGCCUAGAAGAAAGUCGACUCGAAAUUAUAAGAAAAGUUCUCUCCAAUUAAUUGGUUCUGUCACGAAGAAAAAUGGUGGCAGAUGUAGACAGAUGGAUAGAUAUAGCCCGCGAAUGUAAAUACCUACCUGAAAAUGAAAUGAAGAAACUUUGUGAAUUGGUUUGUGACUUGUUGCUGGAAGAAUCAAAUGUACACUAUGUUUCAACUCCAGUUACUGUCUGUGGAGAUAUUCAUGGCCAGUUUUAUGACCUGGAAGAGCUCUUCCGAACUGGUGGACAAGUACCAGACACAAACUAUGUUUUCCUUGGGGAUUUUGUUGACCGGGGAUACUAUAGUUUGGAAACCCUCACACGGUUGCUUACAUUAAAAGCCAAAUACCCGGAUAGGAUCACACUAUUGAGAGGAAACCAUGAAUCCAGACAAAUCACUCAAGUCUAUGGCUUUUAUGAUGAAUGUCAGAACAAAUAUGGAAAUGCAAACGCAUGGAGAUAUUGUUGCCAGUUAUUUGAUUUACUCACUGUUGCUGCGUUAAUUGAUGGUGAAGUGUUGUGCGUGCAUGGCGGCCUUUCCCCUUCUAUUCGGACGCUUGAUCAGAUCCGCACAAUCGAAAGAAAUCAGGAGAUUCCGCACAAAGGAGCGUUUUGUGACCUAGUGUGGUCUGAUCCUGAGGAUGUGGAAACUUGGACAAUUAGCCCUCGAGGUGCCGGCUGGCUUUUCGGCUCUCGAGUCACCCAUGAGUUUAUGCAUCUCAACGGAUUAGAGCUGAUUUGUCGUGCUCACCAAUUGGUUCAUGAAGGCUACAAAUUCAUGUUCGACGACAAGCUGGUGACAGUUUGGUCAGCGCCAAACUACUGCUACCGCUGUGGUAACGUGGCUGGUAUCUUGGCGUUGAACGAAGACAAGUCUCGUAAGCCUAAACUAUUCAACGCUGUUCCCGACAGUGAGCGUGUUAUCCCACCAUACACAACGACGCCCUACUUCCUGUGAGUUUUAAAAACAUAGCCCGAAAUUUCUCCAACUGCUCUGCAUUCUUUGAUAAUAAAUAAACACAUGUAAAAUCA